GUGAUGCUGACCGUCAAUGAAGAAGAAGAAGAAGAAGAAGAAGAAGAAGAAAAAAAGUGAGGCGCAUUGCGUCUUCAGUGUCAAACUUUCGCUGUCAGAGCGUUUUGUUGUGGAAAAAUGAACGAAGAUUUGACGGGAAAUUACCGGGAAGCAUGUUCGCAGUGUGGGUCUGUGGACUGGGGAUUGUCAGACGAGCAACGGUUCUUCUGCAGGUCUUGUCACAACAUCAUCGAGAGAACCCUUGAAGUGCAGUCCUACCCGUGCACGCCGGGAUCGUCGCAGAUCUCCUCCAUCAAAAGAGGGAUCCGAAGAAAGAGACAAAAGCGAGAGUGUCUGUGGCUGGAGUGUGAAGGCUUCCAGUUCAUCCUGAUGAAGCAAGCGGCCGCGCUGCUCGAGCUCGGCGUCCCCCCAAGUUUUAAGGACGACGUUUUGUGGCCGCUUUGGCGACGCUUCUUGCAGACGAGCAAUCAGGCUUACACGGACACCCCCGUCGAGAGCGCCAAGUUCAAAGUGCAAGCUGUGGAUUCGGACUUGGGAAGCGCCGCUGAGUCGUCCUUCAUGUCCGCCAGCGAGAUGGACAGUGAGAAGUCGUACCCGCCCGGCACGUCCGCGUUGGAACCAGACAGCUGCAGUGAUUGGUUGAACGGCUCCAAGGGCAGCCGCAAGUCACGCUGCAGAGCCAUGAGGAUGACCAAGACACUGGCACUGAUCCACUUGGCGCUGGUAUGGAGUCGCCAGGCGCUGACGCUUGGCGAUCUGCUACGGCUGGUGAGCGACGGACACGUCCCGUAUCUUACUGCCUACCAGGAUCUCCCUGAGGCGAUGAAGCUGGACAGCGCUCGGAUCUUCGGCGUGCAGAGCGUCCCAAGCCACUAUGCACUACACCGGGAGGCCCAGAAGCUUAUCUGCUUCCUGCACCUUCCUGCUUUUCCUCCCAUCCGCCGCCAGGACCUGCUACACCCGGCAAUGCUCAGCCUGCGCUAUCUUGCCGACGCCAACCUACCCGAUGAGCUCUACCCUUGGGUGUGCAUGCUGAUGGAGCGCAGUAGCCUGGCGGGCGCAGCGUGCAGGACGUUGGAACCGUCCAGCCACCCCACACUGCCCAACUAUGACAUCCAGGCUGCCGCUCUUAUCAUCGUCACCAUGAAGUUCCUAUUCGGCCUGGACGACCACACAGAAUGGUAUUUGUCAAAUGCCGCCGGUGAUCUGGUGACCGAAGAAUGUACGUCACAUGACCGGUCGCCACAGACAGGAAGUACCUUCAGCCUGAGGAGGUGGUACCGUCUGCUGCACGUCGCCAAGAUUCGAGCGCAGCAGAUGCAAGAGCGUGCCACCGCCAGAAAGCAGUGGAACACCACGACUCUUUCCUCAAAGGGGAAGGUCCAAUGUUGUGUUGUGAAAAAACAAAGAAUGGCCAAGACGCUUAAGUCGUGUUUGGAGAGAUUGUCAUCCUGCAUGGCAGGCAACCCCCCAGUGCCGCCGUCCUCUUUCACGUUCUGCUGGGGGGAAGAGGACGGCGCUGACGGUCCAAGUCUGCGUGACAAGAAACUCAACGCCGUGGUCACCCUAAAACAGGAAGUCCUGACCCACGUCAACACGGCGUACUGGCACCCUUCGCUCCAAGUCUGCGGCAAUCUGUGCUCCCUGGCGUGGAGGAGUAGCUCCGGGGGCAGUAUUCACUACGAGGAGACGGAAGCCACACUGCCUCGAUCCUACCUAUGGCUGCUCCAGCUCUUCAGCUUCUUGUUGCAGGUCAACCUCAGCCAGCUGCACCAGGAAGUGCUGAACCUUGAGAGGCGUGUCCUCUCGAGAAAGGUGAGAAAAGCAACCUGACGGGGUUACGUGACCUCAUUUCAUGGACAUAAAGAAGAAAAAGGGACUAUUUAUUUUUCGAUCGGACUUGUGCGAUCGAUGUCAAGACAGAGCAACACACGACCUUGUCAAUAUUGAAACAAAGUACUGUACAUUGAACACGAGAGGUGAAAAUCUGUGAUUUAUUUUUAUUUAUUUUUUCACUGUAAGCCUAAUAAACCUAAGGUAU